CUGUUCCACUGCGAUUCACAAGGAGCUCGAAUUUAUGGGUACGCUUUGACUACCUACCGUACAUGCUACAGCCAAACAAUAGAGGGUGACGUAGCGGCUGCUGAUGCUUGAUCGUCAGUGCUAGGAUACCGUAGGCAUGCAUAACGUCGACAUGGAACUGCAGCAUUGGACGGCGGGGCAGCAGGGACGCUUAAAUACAGUUGCUGGCAACAACUGAACACCACCAUCAAGGAGCUCAGGAUUGCGCAGUAGUCUUCUAGCUGGUUACGUAACAACCAGCUGUACUUAGUAGUUCUGCCCCAAAAUCCCAGAUUAUAGCUCAGCAAGCAAACGGUGAGAGCCAGUACUCCCAGCUCAUCGGACUAGAUUCCCAUUCAGAAUUCAAUCCAAGGUCUCAUUGCUAGCAGUGACAAAAAAAACGUCGUCUUCAAAUUUUUGCAUUAGAUCAUUCACAAUCGGCUGUUGCACAGCAUCCAUCGGUCGCCUGAGCUAGCCAAGGGCUGGUGAGCUUUUUCGAGCCGCGCCAGGCUAGCGUAUCUGUACUUUUGGCCCAGGAAUAUGGCGCCACUGGGGCCGGAGAAACACGAUUUUCCAGUUUUUGACACGACCAACGCCAAGAAUGCGGUGGAGCGGCUGGACCUCACGGGAAAGCGCCGCAGAUAUGGGCCCAGGACAAAGAAGUGGAUGGCGUUUAAGAAGAAGCUGGGUCGCAAGGAGAACCUCAUCUUCUUCACCAUCGCUGGGGUCUCCGGUGGGAUUGCCAUUGGAGCCGGGCUGUACACCUCCAAGCCAAGCCCAAGGGCGAUUGAACUGAUUGGGUACCCGGGAGAACUGUUUCUGAACGGGCUGUCGGAGCUUGUGCUUCCUCUGGUAGCCUUGGCGCUGAUGUGUGGUGUGAUGAGCCUGCGGCACACAACAAGCGGGGCUGCAAACAUUGCCACGUGGUCAAUGAUGUACUAUUUCACGUCCAUGUUUCUCGCAGUUAGCCUUGGUAUCGGGCUCGUCUAUGCAAUCCAGCCUGGAGCCAACGAACCUUUUGGCAACGGGGAUUUGACUCAGUGUGGCAAGGCCAGAAACUCUACAGUUACUAACUCAGUGGGAAACUCUGCUGGUGAUGCCGUGGCGUCGCUACUGGGCCUUGGGAGGAGCAUGGUCCCCAGCAACAUCGUUGUGGCAGCUUAUCAGAACAACUAUCUUGGAGUCAUGGUGUUCUCCAUCUUCUUUGGGGCUAUCCUCAUUACCUUGGGUCCAAUGGCCGAGCCCCUGAUCAAGGUGAUCGAGCUAGCAAACGACACGAUUAUGGGUAUGAUCACGCUCAUCAUCUGGCUGACGCCAAUUGGCGUGGGCUCAUUGGUCGCGGGCUUCAUCCUCAAGGCGUGCAACAUCACGGCCGUUCUCAAGGCCCUGGCCAAGUACGUCGCGACGGUCUUGUCAGGGUUUGGGAUUCACAUGUUUGUACUCCUGCCGCUGACCUGCAUAGGCUUCUCUGGGAUCAAUCCCAUCAGAGUCUUCAAGGCUUUCAGCCCGGCGCUUUUUCUCGGAUUUGGAACAGCUUCGAGCGCGGCCACGAUGCCCGUCACCAUGCAGAACGCGGAGGACUUCGGGGCGGAGUCCAGCAUCGUCAAGUUCGUCGUCCCGCUGGGUACCAACUUCAACAGAGACGGUGCAGCUCUCUAUGAGGCCACUUCCGCUCUCUUCAUCGCUCAGGCUCACGGCGUCAAGCUGAGCGUGGGUAACGUCAUCGUUCUGGCGAUCACCGCUACUCUAGCGGCUAUCGGAUCCGCCUCCAUCCCAAACAGCGCCAUCGUGACGUUGAUCACCGUGCUCCGGGCUGUUGGUCUGAGCGAGUACGUCGGAGACAUCUCGGUCCUCAUUGCCGUGGACUGGUUCCUGGGAAUGGUCAGGACGGUAGUCAACAUCUUCGGUGAUGCCUGCGCUGCCGUUAUCGUGGACAACUGGUCGAGGCGCCAUGAGGCGUGGAAGAUCAAGAACGCGGACAAGCUGUACGAAACGGAUUCGGACGUCGAGGACGGGCCUCCUAACGACAAAUAGAGACUUGAUUCUAAUGAAUGAGAAUGUGUACUACGAACGGGGUUUACUUCUGACGUCGAUGCAAGUUUGAUAAUUUUAGAUGCCGCUAGGAUGUCACAGCGGCUGCAACCUACUUCUUCGAAAGAAGACGCGUGUGUUAAGGUGUUGCCACUACGAAGGGCGGAGUUGGCAGCAUAAGUGGAUGAACGGUUAGCGCACCCGCUAUGUCAUAGUUUCCCAUGAAUACAGGGAUAGGUUUUGGCGCUCAAUCCCUCCAGAAGUAUAUGUUGUUUCUUACUAUAUUCCUGGUCCGAUAGCAGCGUGAACAGCUCACUUCUCCAACUUCCGUUGAGAAGGCUGUAUACGCAGUCCUCGUGGAGGAAAUGCAGGUGCAAUGGAAGUAUCUGGGAAGCGUAGUGUAGAGUCUGGAAUAUCAUCAAUAUUAUUCACGUAGGUUAGAUUGCCACCUGGAAUUAGUUGAACUGAGUACAAGUGAGUGCAUGGUCAAACCGCAUCAGUAGUUGAGGAAGCUUAGAACAGCGAAGUAUUCCAGGUAAUCGUACUUUGAAUAGCUCAUAGCUCUUGCAGCCUACUAGGGGUCGUGCGCCUCCAUUGAUGUUAUUGUUUUACUGUUUUGACGCAGUGCAUGAUGAGACCGCUCAUGGGGACGUCAAUUCAGAAAGGUAGACCAAAACUGACCGUGGUUUGCGGCAUUC